UGGGGACCCGAAAGCUCAGCCCUGGGCCGGCAGGCUGUCCGGGGCAGGAGCGCAGAGCGGGGCGCCUCUCCGCCAGAGGUGUCUGGAUGACCAGCGCGGCUCGGCAGUACACGACUGAGUUAGAGACAGUGAAUGGUCUGGUUUUCUACAGUUCACUCAGCCAAGAUCCGAGCAAUCCUGGAACGGUAUACCGCGGGGGAAUAUUUCUUCAAGGCUAUCAGCGCAUUACUUAAAUACAUACUUCUUAUACCCGCUUUAAAUUAUACUGUUUGAAGAGGAAACGUUUUUCGAAUUCAGCGCGUUUACCAGGAAAAGCCCGUUGAAUGCAUUGCACUGUAACGUGUCGCGGCAAAGGUAGACCGAAGUUCUCCCGACGCGGCGGCGGCGGGGGGGAGAGAUUUGAUAAGGAAGAAAUAUUUUGACGACCAUGGCCAACCGGGACCGAAACAAGAAAAUCCUCCUGGAGCUGGUGAAGCAGCCGGACAACAGCACCUGCGCAGACUGCGGAGCGCCAGAGCCGGACUGGGCGUCCUACAGCCUGGGCAUCUUCAUCUGCCUGAACUGCUCCGGGACUCACCGCAACCUGUCGGGGGUCAGCAAGGUCAAGUCCAUCCGCCUGGACUUCUGGGACGACGAGCUGGUGGAGUUCAUGAAGGCCAGCGGCAACGCGGUGGCCAGGGCCAGGUACGAGAGAGCCGUGCCCCUCUUCUACUACCGGCCCCUGCAGAGCGACUGCGCGGUGCUGAGGGAGCAGUGGAUCAGGGCCAAGUACGAGCGCAGAGAGUUCACCGGAGACGAGGUGACGCGCCAGGAGACCUACGGCUCUGGCUCCUAUGAAGGAGUCCUUUGGAAAAAGGGGAAGGACAAUGGGCAGUUUUUAAAACGAAAAUUUAUCCUGUGUGAAAGCGAUUUUACCUUGAAGUACUACACCAAGGAAGAAUCCAAGGGUCCUAAAGCCAUCAUCUACAUCAAGGACUUGAACGCCACCUUCCAGCCGGACAAAAUCGGUCACGCCCACGGACUGCAGCUCACUUACCUGCAGGACGAGCACACCCGAAAUAUAUUUGUGUACCACAACGACGCUCAGGAGAUCGUGAACUGGUUCAAUGCCAUCCGAGCCUCCCGCUUCUCCUACCUGAAGAUGGCGUUCCCCACCACCAGCAGCAGUGAGCUGCUGCCCUGGGUCACCCGCAGCUUUUUGAAAGAAGGUUACAUGGAGAAAACCGGCCCGAUGCAAAGAGAGCCGUUCAAGAAGAGGUGGUUCAUCCUGGACUGUCAUAACAGGAAACUGCUCUACUUCAAAGGUCCUCUGGACGCCCUGGAGCUGGGAGCGGUUUUCCUCGGCACGGAGCAACACGGCUACGGGGUGCAGCAGACCCAGCCCCGGGGCGCACGGGGCAACAAGUGGAAGCAUGGCAUCGCCGUGGAGACGCCGGACCGGCAGUUCCUGUUCAUGUGUGAGAACGAGCGGGACCAGAGGGACUGGCAGCAGGCGGUCAGGGUUGUCCGGACACACCCGUGUCCUCUGCUGGAGCGGGAGCCCUCAGCACGAUGGCAGCCGUAG